AGUAAUGGCGGUGGCGCCGCAGUCGUGACGAACUUGGUAGUUCGUGUUUGUCAUUCGUUGGAGUGGUGAAAAUUGUACAAAACAAUAAUAAAUAAGACGAAGUUGUAGUGUUCGUACUUAAGAUUAUUAUUAUAUGUGAUAAUCAGUGAUUACGUGUAUUAUAUAUUCGUAAAUUAUUUACUAGGUGUGUGUAUUUAUCGGGGCUAUUAUGAGGAUUUGACAGCUUAAGAUUACAACUUGUAGUCAGUAGUAGAAACCCGAUUAAAAUUACAAUAUCUCAACGUGCGGGUGCGGUUAUGAGAUAAUCGAUAAAAAUGAGGAGGUAGAAAAAAGUGGAAAAUGAGUGGAAAUCCCGUAGGAGGGUUGCUGCAACAGCAACAACCCAAUGUAAUGACUCAACUAAAACGUCAAAAACUGACGAACUGUAGAGACAGCGUGCCCUCUGUCCAUGGAAGACCCACGACUUCCCUUAGUAUCAAAACAAGACUCAGCAAUCAUCAGAGAAAUUUGAGCCUCGAUUUUAGGUCUAUGGGUAUUCUUUUACCUCCGGUCACUCAAGUCACAACUACAUCUACCAACCAUUUAACCCACCAUCAUCGUAAUCGCAGCCUCGAUUCCGCCCUUCAACGCAUUCCCGAAGUGGACGUUACCCCUAGCCCGGAAUGUGAAACAGUUAACGCCAUACUAUGUUCCAACGUGUCCAACACCACCGAAACCCUACCAAAGUCGUCUUCCAAACAAAGAAAUGACGAACUCGCAAGUCUCGGUUCGGACGAUUCUGGGAUCUUAUGUGGCUCAGACGCCGGUUCUUCGUCGGAUUCGAACGCCACACGAGAAUCCAGUGUCGAAUACAUCGAUAACAUCGCCGUUACUGAAACCGAAGUCGAAUCUAAAAACACCGAUAACGCACAAGAAGAUAAAAGGACUAAAAUUAAUAAAAAUUCUAGCGGAGAUGCUCCUAAAAGUUCCGGUAUGUUGCGAUUACUCGAAAGCAAAGUGUUUGACGUUUCAAUGGCCAUGCACUAUCUAUUCAACAGUAAAGAACCGGGAGUUUUGUGUUAUAUCGUUAACAAAAUGUUCAGUUUCGAUCACCAUGAAGUUGAUUUCUAUUUGCCUCAGUUAGUGUGUAUGUAUAUACAGAUGCACGACGUUGCCGAAGUCAUCCAUAGGUAUCUUAUUCAUAGAUGUAGAAAAUCCAUAGACUUUUCACUGAAGUGUGCCUGGUUGUUAGACGCUUUUAGUUCAGAUGCGUCUGUACCAACCAAAAAGAAACCUCACGGCGUUAAAUUGCGCAACCUCAUACUCUCCGACGAACUCAGACCAAAGGACCAAAAAGUCAUGACCACUUCUUUAAAUUCCGCCGUCGGAGAUAAACUGACCGUCCCGCAAUAUAUCAAAAAAACCCAUCAGAGAUCGCACAGUGAUGCCUCAGCAUUGUUUCCCGGUUUGAAGAAGGGAUCGCCAAAUACAACGAAACUCAGUUUGGGAGAUUUGAGUUCGGGCAGAGCUUUCGAUAACGGCUGUGUAUGUUUUGAUAGUUGUCAAAACGUAGUUAAUGAUCUUAGGGGAGAAAAGACUGAAUGCAUAUGUUCGGCGCCUAGAUUACGACCCGAACUGGAAUUUAUGCAAGCACUUAUAAUGAUCGGCAAAUUACUUAGUUCAAUACCUACGAAAGAAGCAAAAACAACAAGACUUGUAGCGGAAUUGACAACAUUGAAUUUGAAUCUACCAUCCAGAGUAUGGUUGCCACUAAAUAGUCAAAAUCCCCAUUUUAUCGUUAGGAUACCACCGCAAGUGGCAGCUGUAUUAAACUCCAAAGAUAAGGCUCCUUAUAUUAUUUACGUAGAAGUAGUUGAAGUGGAUGAUUUAGAAAGUUCUCCUGUGCCGCAGAAAAUAAUGCCAACAUUGAGGCACACAAAAUCUGAAGAAAAUCUAAAACAUGAAACUAUCUCCCUUUCAGCUUUCAGCAUGUGUGGAGGUUGUUAUGAUGAUUUAGAUCCUGACUGGAGUCAAGAAGAUGAUGAAAUUUCACAACAGUACACUCAAAUAAGAAAAUCAAUAGACAGAGAUACUAUCUCACAAAUGAGUCAAGAAUCUAGCGACUCUAGAGAACCGCCAAUGUCCAUUCCAGCCAGUGAAAUUCGAAGACGAUUAUCUGACUUCUUUCAUGAGGAAAAAAGUAAACAAUUUACACAUGAUCCAGAAGAUCCUUCUGCUGCAGUACUGAAAGAACCCUGGCAGGAUAAAGAACAGAGAAUUAGAGAAAGUUCUCCAUAUGGCUAUCUAUCAACUUGGAAAUUAUUAUCUGUCAUUGUAAAAUGCGGAGACGAUUUAAGGCAAGAACUAAUGGCUUCCCAAAUAUUAGAGACUUUUCAGAAAAUCUGGGAAAUGGAGCAUGUUCCACUUUGGUUGCAUCCAUAUAGAAUAUUGUGUUUGUCAGAUGACAGUGGCCUGAUAGAACCAAUAUUGAACACAGUUUCUCUUCAUCAAGUGAAGAAACAUUGUCAAUUAUCACUCCUUCAAUACUUCAUCAAUGAAUUUGGACCUAUAACUUCAGAAGAAUUUCUUACAGCUCAGAAGAAUUUUGUACAAAGUUGUGCUGCUUACUGCCUCAUAUGUUACGUAAUACAAGUGAAAGACAGACACAAUGGUAAUAUAUUAUUGAAAAGUGAUGGUCAUUUGAUACAUAUAGAUUUUGGUUUCAUUUUGUCCACAUCGCCGAAAAAUCUCGGCUUCGAAAAGUCUCCCUUCAAGUUAACACCAGAAUUUGUUGAGAUAAUGGGUGGUGAAAAUUCCGAUAUGUUCGAGUACUUCAAAAUUUUAAUUCUUCAGGGAUUGAUAGCGGCAAGAAAACAUCAUGGAAUGAUUGUUACCUUAGUUGAAAUUAUGAGAUCAGGCUCUCAACUACCAUGUUUUAAAUCAGGAGCGUCAACCUUACAAAAUCUUAAGAAUCGUUUUCAUAUGAAUAUGACAGAAGAACAACUUCGUCUGGAGGUCAAUCGCAUGGUAGAAGGCAGUAUCCAUUCACUGUCCACUAAACUGUACGACGGCUUCCAGUAUUUUACCAACGGUAUUCUCUAACUGUGCCACGAUUUCAUUAUCUAGUUGGCAUUUUGUUUUUAGAUGAAUCAACUGUACAGAGUGUUCACAUAUACAUUUUUAACGAUUUAAUUAAAUAUUUUAUUACUUUAUCUUUAAUUUAAUACUACUUUGAGAACCCUAUGUUCUCCGAUGUUCUGCAUACUGUCAUAAAGGACCAAUUGUUUGUUUCAAUUAAUUUAUAAUUGAUUCCAAUGCACAACUUUAAAUUAAGUUUUAUUACUCAAUUAUAUAUAUUUACAAAUUUAAUAUUUCAUUGGAAUCAUUUUAAAAUUGAUUAAGAUAACAUUUUAGCAAUGAAUUAAAGAUUGAUGUAAUAUUAUUGAAACUUUAAUACAUUAUAGUUCAAUGCAGAAAAUUCCUUAUUAUAGGAAAUGAAAUUUAUUAUUGUGUUUUAAGAUAAAAUUUUAUUUUGCAGAAACUGAUUUAAAAAUAGCUAUAUCUUGCAAAAGUGUUAUAACUUAACAUUGUUACAUUACCAGUUUUUUUACAUCCUCAUCACAUUCAAUCUACAGAAGUUGUUGACUACCAAUUUGUAUUGAGAAAAAAAACUGUUGAGAUAAUAGCUUAACUGCUUACUGUUGCCACUUCUUUCUUUAGGUUUUUUAUUUGAUCCAAGCUUAGGAAAUUAUAACCUAAUAUAUGAAUACUCCUUAGAAUUUCUGAAAAGCUAGUUAAAUAUCAAAAAAAAUUGUUCUUCUUUGAAAUCGAGUCUGUUUGAUCAAUCCAUUCCAAGCAAUUUCAAACAAAAAGCAAUCUUGCAUUUCUUCUUCUUUUAUGAGACUAUAAAUUACUAUAAAAUUUUCUAAUUAUAAUUCAUUAAUAUAAAUGUCUCUCAACUUAUUAAAGAUGCUCUUGUAGCAAAACUACCGCUCAGUUAUAGAGGUAGAGAUCAACAAGAAACAUUCUCUAUUUACGAAUUGAAUUGAGAAACAUAAAUUGUAAAUGAUACUUUACUCUAAAAAAUGUUAUUCUUCAGUUUUUGAGUUUGAAUUGAAAUUAUGAAAUUGUUGAUGUUGCUUUAUAUAAAUUUAAAUCCAGGCAACUACAUUACUGAUGAUUCUUCAAGUUAUAAUGAAUAAUUUUAACUUUGCUAAUAUAAUUCAUAAAACUUAAUUUGAAACUACUAUUAUUAAAUUGAGAAUUUGUCACUUUUUUUAAUUUGUAUGUUCUAAUAUAUAGUUGUAUAUCCAGGUCUUUUUAAACUAUUUUUAUUCUAUUUUCUGUUACUCUUGUAAAGAUUUCGUCACUGUCGCCGGAAUUUUACUUUUUUUUUGUUUCAUUCCUAUGUUUAUAACUGCUGCAUUUUACACACAUUUUUACAAAAUGUUUUCGUGAAGCUAUUGAAUGCAUCAUUUUAUAUUGUUCAUGAAAAAGAGAGCUUAGACUUUUCCAUUCUUAAUCCUAUAUUUUGAGUAGAUCCUGCAGAGAUUUUAUCUCUUAUGACUAUAUCAUAGUUGUUUUCAUAAUUUACUGUAUUAUCUUUAUAAUUUUUUGCUGAGUCUACUAAUAUUUUAUAAAAUUUCUCUCUGGUUCUCUACCAUAGUCUGAUUCUAAGUUUUAGAAAGCAAUACACCUUAUAAUAUGUAUAUCACAUCUCUUUAUAUUUUUGCAUUGCUUAAGCUACAUUGGAACAUAUUUAGAGGAAUUGAAUGUAUCUGAUUUUUAUUCAUGGAGUAGUGGAGUUUCACAAUGUUGGUCAAUACAUUACUUUUUAUGACAUAGGAUGUAAAAAGCAUAAAUUACUGUGUAUUUUGUAUAAAAAAGAAAGUACUAAGAUAUAAUAGUUGGCAAUAUGAACUCUAAAAAAUUGCAUACAUAGAAAGAACUCAUGAACAUACAAAAACAACAAUAAAAAUAAAUGAGAAUUUGAGCUCCACUUACAACUUGAUAAUUUUUUUUUCAUUAAUAAAAGCUCAUAAUUCAGUUUUUGUUGCAAACUCGUCUUAAUUUUAGAUCUUUUUUUACCUACUUCAGAAACAAAUUUUCAAUCAGAAGACAUCUAAAAUAAAGACGGUUUUGCAACAAAACAUAUAAAAGGGCCUAAGAAAUUCAGCUUUUUUUCAAUUUUCUAUUUUGCAUCACUUAGAAAGUGUGGUUAUUAUUCCUUUUUUUGUCUUAACAAUGCAUCUUUUACCUUUUAGAAUUCUAGACAUUUCCUGCUCAUUAUUUCUAUUUCUUUAUCAAUAAUCAACUCAAUUUUACUAAAAGUCGAUGUUAAAUAUACCAAAAUAAUCUUAUUAAUCACACAUUUGUUCAACGCAAAUACUUCCUCUGUUUAUAUAACCGCAUAUCGUAACGGAAAUCGUUACGUUAGUCUUAUAUAUAACGUUUGUUUUAAGCAGCUAAAUAAGUAUUUAAGGGUGAAAAUUUUGGUUGAGAAUAGGUGAGUUUCAUAACCCUCAUAUAUUAUAGUAAUACUUUAUUUUCAAAAUUAUGGUUUAUAUGUUAAUAAAUAUUAAAUAUAUUUGGACAAUCCUGCAGCAGCUUCUAAAAUAAUAUAAUCAUUUGCUCAAUUGCAAAUGUUAAAAAGCCUGUCUACGUUGAAAUUUAUGAAUUUUUAUUUGUGUUGUUGUGUUUUCGAAUAUUCUUCAAAUUGUAAUUUGCUCCACCUUGACCCAAAUUGGACACUGAAAAGUUGUGGAAUUAUUCUAUCCUUAUUCACAAGUGUAUUGUAAUAUUUGUAAGUUGUAGACAUUAAUAAUGGUUGAUUUAUAAAUGUAUUUACUUGGGAUGCUUUAAUGAAUCUAAUGAUUAUUUUAUUUUGGUCAUUCACUAUAUACAUUACCAUAUCCAUGCUGUUACUAUUGAAAUUAACAAACAAUUUUGAGUGGUUUCUGCAAAAUAAUAAAAGUACAAUUCUUAGUUUUAAAAUUGAAGUCUGUCGAUAAAUUUGAUUUUUUCAAAAUCUCACUACAACUUUGUUGAAGUUAUAACUGUAGGUAUGACUACUUGAGAUCGUCUCACUAGUUACAUAUUAUUGUUAUUAAGAUGCUCAAAGUUUAAAAAAUCAUUAGUAAAAAAUGUAUCAACGGAAUUAUGAAUUUUUUUAUUGAUGAUAUAAUAGCGUUUUAUAAUAUACAUAGUGUUAAAACAAAUUAUGAAAUAAAAUUAAUUUUGGCGAUAUUUUAGAUAAUUUCAAAAAUAAUUUGAUUGUUUUAUUACAAUGUCGAAUAUUAAUGCAAUAAAAAUUCGCCAAAAUUUUACGGAUACGACGUUAUUUAAAAAAUUUUAAGUGACAAUUAAACAAUAAAAGAUCCAUUGUUCAUGAAUUCUGUUUUUUCUUCCUAAAUUUUAAACAGACUCUUUUGCAAGCAACAGCGUCACUCAAAUGGUUUGGUUUCAAAUUAAUGUAAUGGCUUAUAGUCGCUAUUUACCAUAUUCAAACAAAUGUCACACAACAAUAUACCCCAUAUAAGUAGAAAACUAUUCGAGUACUACUGGUUUAUCCUGACAUAGAGUAAAUAAUUUUUAUUAGAUGCACUUCAAAUGAUUGAAAAUGCGAACAUUACUUAUAUUACGGUAGUCAGUUAUCACUAAUAGAGUAAUCCACUAUGGUCAUUUGUCAAAUAUGUCAAGAUCUAACUCAUGAAACAAUUUAAGCAAAUAAAAAAUGAUGAUACCCAUUUAUCAUUUAUAUCAAAUUGUACUUUAUCGUUAUUCAAAUUACAGUUGAGCUGAAAAAAAACUUAAUUAAAAUUUUAUCAGUUCCGGUUUAUUUCAAGACCUCUGCUUAUUCUCCUCUCUGCUUUCCAUAUUGUCUUAACUUGUCCAUUUUCGUAUUUUUAAGAACUUUGGUUUUCGCUGUUUGACAGCUGUAGUUAAGUUUCCUCUAUAAAUUCUAUUGUGGAUUGUAUGUCAAGCUAUUUUUAUCUUCAUUUCUCAUUUUACCUUUCUUCAACUCUACCCCUUCAUAAGUGCUUUAUCUUCACCCAUGUUUUAAUUUAAUAUUUUUCUAUUAGAAACCAAGCUUCAUAUGCAAACAAAUGAUUUGAUCUAUAUAUAGUUUUUAAUGGGUUUGUUUUGGAUAUUCAAAAAUUUGUAAAAAUAACAUUUUAAUAUGUUAUUGAGCACUAAAAUAAUCCAACAAACAAGAUUAUGGAUUUUUUUUCAUAUUUUUCUUUCAAAAUAUAUUCAUUAUUUGGACUACCAAAUAAUUUAAAAAUAUAGAGUGAUUUAAUUAUUACAAUUAAUAUUGUAUAGGUUCGAAUUUUUUUGAAUGUAUAAUUAAAAUUAAAAUAACGCCAAAAUAAAAAAAUACUAAUGUUAAUAGGGUAUUCACAUAAAUAAUUAAUUAAUAUAUUUACAAUCUAUAUGGGCUGCGUGUACAUAAACUUUUUAAAUAUAAUGUGUAUAUUUUAAUUAAGUGCAUAAAAAUACUCAAGUCAAUUUUUCAUACUAAAUGCAAAAACUUUUCGAGGCCAAAUAUGUAAAAAAGUGAACGUUUUUUAUGUAUUUUAUUUUGUUAAAUAUAAUUUUUAAAA